CGCGCUUGUAUUAAAUGAUGACUCAUCCAUGAGUGUUUAUUGUUAACAGUGAUUGUUAAUCGUUUACAGUGAUCGAUUUGUACGAAUACAAAGUAAAUUCGACAUGGAAUAUCUGCGAGAAGAAUUCGAACAAUUGAAGAAUCUAGCUUCAAGCUGGGAGAUGGAGAAAUAUCAAAUCGAAGAAGCUAUUAUGAAGGCUAUUUCAGACAAAAAUGGCAAUGUACCUUCUCUGCAAAAGGACAAGAAAGUCGCAGCUAGAAGGCGAGUUACCUGUAUGGGAAUCUGUAGCACAGUGACUUUAAUACUUCUGGCCGCGUCUACUGGAGGUUUGAUCCUCAUGAAUAACUACCAGCCGUUCGAGAUGUAUGUCAAUGGCGUCGUUAGUGACCUCACUUACCCGACGUUGAGAAUGUGGCGUCUUAUAACGCUACCGCUGCAUAGGUUUUUCGAUUUGGAACCAUAUGCUCGAGCUGAGUGUCUCGUUGAUAAUCGCUUUUACGUUCCAGAAGAGGCCGAUUGCAGUCCGUGCCAAGAAGCGGAAGACGUGCCGAUAGUUAAAAAUGUCAUCAAUUUUGUCGAUGACUAUGUCUCGAUGGGCAACCCCGUUAUCGUCACCGAUGUGAAGCCUUACAUGCACAAAAACAUUACCAUCGAAAGUUUCUACGACUAUUAUUUGGCUCACAAAGAGGACUUGAACAAGGAUCUUUGCGAAGUUUCUUACGUCGACGAAACCGUCGACACCAUCGAGAACUAUUUUAAUUUGCUGGAAAAAAGUGGAUUGGAAACGCCAAACAUAAGAUGGAAAGUGUGCUAUGGUGAAGGUUUGCGAGCUCUCCGCAAAUUUUUGCCCCGACCGUAUUUUGUUCAGACGGAAGGAGCUCUGGAAAAAUUUCUCAUGGUCAUCAACCAAGAUGAGGAACCGUUUGCUCUGCCUGUUGGACAAUACGGUAAUUCGUGGAUCGCACAAGUGACCGGUGCGUCCGACAUGGAAAUAUAUCCCAUCGCUGAUUGCAACACAACGUGUUUAAGUUUCAACGUGACGUUGAACAAAGGAGAAGUCAUGUACAUCAGUGAAGAUCUCUGGAUGGUUGACAUUGUUGGCAAUCCAACCGAUGAAAGCGGGCUUGUUUUGUUGUCCACUUUUGCUUAAGUUAAGCACGCGUGUUGCUUGUUUUGAAUAUUUUACUAUAGAAUUAGAAUUGCAGAACUUAAUGACACAUUUCUUUUCAAUGAAUUGCGUUCUUUAUGUUUCUA